CGUGCUCAAGUCGACAUUGCUCAUCCAUACGCGAGACUCUUCGCCGCAAAAAAAGACGGCACCAAGCGCCGAAAAAUUUGGAACCACGCUCUUGAAAAAUCUGUCUUCAGCCCACAGGAGAUAUCGACGAUGGGCGCCCCACACCGUCGCACUAUAUAUAUCGCCAGCCUCGAGGCGCACGUAGAUCGCCUCCAUGGCCAACUACUGGCCAUGGGCCUCUAUCCUAUCCCAUUCGAUAAACUGGAGCCAUACAAGGGUCUCAAUUCCAAAACAGCCAAGAGCAUGGUUUCCGGACUUCAGCAUGAUACGUCCCACGUCAGAACCAAGCUACUCGAGCUCGAGCGAGCC